AUGCAUCGCACCUAUUCUAUGCGCCAAUCGCGCGCACCAACUGCCUCGCAAAUCCAGAAUCCUCCACCUCCCUCGUCGUCGACUAAGGCUGGGCGAUUUUUUGGAAAGAGCAAUGUUGGCCAUGCGUUUCGCAAACAGACCGCUGGAGCUUUUGGCCCAGACCUCGCAAAGAAGCUCUCAACACUAGUGAAGAUGGAAAAGAAUACAAUGCGUAGUAUGGAACUUGUCGGACGCGAGAGAAUGGAAGUGGCUCAACAACUGUCCAUUUGGGGCGAAGCUUGUGAUGACGACGUUUCGGAUGUUACGGAUAAGCUUGGUGUCUUGAUCUAUGAGAUCGGCGAGCUUGAAGAUCAGUUCGUCGACCGCUACGAUCAAUACCGUGUGACAAUCAAGAGCAUCCGCAAUAUUGAAGCCUCAGUUCAGCCAAGCAGAGACCGCAAGCAGAAGAUCACUGAUCAGAUUGCGCAACUCAAGUACAAGGAGCCAAAUAGCCCCCGCAUCGUUGUUCUGGAGCAAGAACUUGUCCGAGCUGAGGCCGAAUCCCUUGUGGCAGAAGCUCAGCUAUCCAACAUUACCCGUGAAAAGCUCAAGGCAGCUUUCACCUACCAAUUUGAUGCGCUCCGCGAACACAGCGAGAAGCUCGCGAUCAUUGCUGGCUUCGGCAAGCACCUUUUGGAGCUUGUUGACGAUACGCCUGUUACUCCAGGCGAGACACGCGAAGCAUAUGAUGGCUAUGAGGCUUCCAAGGCCAUCAUCCAAGAUUGUGAAGAUGCCCUCACCAAUUGGGUUACGAAAAACGCGGCCGUCUCCUCCAAGCUCUCCUCCCGCUCUCGCACCCUUUCUCAACGCAACAAGGACCGCCGCGCCCAGGGCGAGGGUGUCGAUCUCUCUGGUCAAGACAGCAGCAUGAAGGACCGAGAGAGCGGACUUUGGGUCCCAGCUGACAAGCACGGAGAACAAGGAGAAUACGAAGAGGGAUCAGAGGAAGAGGAAGAAGAGACUCCCGCCAGCGGCCACAGAGGAAGGGAGGCCGGCGCCGUUGCUGCGUAA